AUUUAAAUAUCGUGCCUGGGAGUACACCGGUAUGGACCAAGAYGAGGAAGAGGAGGAUGCAGAYCCAGAUGAGGAGGAAGAAGACGACGAGGAAGGAGGCGAUCCUUUUACUCGAGAGAGAAAGAAGAUAUUUGGCGACUCUAAGCAUUAUUGUCCCGUCAUGCUAAAGGAAAACAAUGUCUUGGUGCCUGGUUUGUCAGACAUUGCAGCCAAGUAUCGUGAAAGGACUUAUUUYUUCUCGWCGAUGGAAGCACGAACAAAGUUUCUCAGYGAUCCUGACGUCUUUUUGAGCGUCGAUGAACCUCUUAAGAAACCUCCAAUCCGAUUAUUAAUCAUUGGGCCUAAGGGAUCUGGUAAAACACUGCAUGGACGAUAUCUUGCGCAGAAGCUUGGUCUCUUUCAUAUUUCCUUCAAUGAACGYCUACAAGAACUCAUCAUAGCAAAAACUAAGAAAAAGAUUGGACCCGAAUAUGAAGAGGACGAAGAAGAGCARACUCCUACUGAAGAACUUGACUCCAUACCAAAAGAUAUCGAUGAAAUAGCGAAAGAAGAUGCGCCAGAAGGAGAGCCUGAAGUAGAGCUAACAGAAGACGAAGAGAAUAUCAAGAGCAACCUAUCGUAYGGGGAACCUUUAUCUAGCGAGGUUCUUGAUAAGAUUCUACCAGCAUGGUGGAAUGAAGAGCCCUUCAGCUCUACUGGGUUCGUUCUAGAAGGUUUUCCUAGGAAUGAACUAGAGGCUCGUUAUCUUGCCAAUAAUGGGUUUUUCCCUGAUGCCACUGUACUGUUAGCUGUAGAAGACAAYGAUAUCGUCAAGAGAUUACUGCCGCCAUUAUUGGACAAAUGGAAAAAGAAACGAGACAAGAGACUUGCGGAAAAAGAACGAUUGAAGGCUUUGGCUCGCCAGGAGAAGUUAGAGCAAAGGGCUAAACGCCGUGAGGAAAAACUCGCUGAAAUAGAAGCACGACGAGCAGAAAGACAGGUGAGAAUUGAUUGUUAUAUUCUAGAUGGUUUUCCAUCCCUAUCAGAAGAGUGGCUCUCUCUAGCAGAUCAAUUGGAACUUGUCAAGAAUCUUCCUUUGACUCCUGACUUUAUCAUCAAUAUCAAGAUCCCUGAUAAAGAUCUUGAAUCAAGAAGAARAGAUCAAAAGCUUGAUCCCCUCACAGGCAUAGUGUACACUAAGAGUGAAUACUCUCCUGAUCACCAAGAGAUCAAUCUUGAUGCUGUUGGGGAGGAAGAGGAAGAUGGUGAUGAUGAUGAUGCUGAAGAAGAUGAAGGAGAAUCUAAUCUUGAAGAUGAAAUAGAAUAUCCUGUAAGUAUUAUAAUUUGCUUUGCUUUUCCGCUNGGCCGUAAACCUCGUAUUGUACGAUUCUGUGUUGAAAGAGCCAUUCAACCUGUAGUAGAUCACAGGGAUUGUCUAUUUGAGCGCUGUUUUCCCAUCGAUACACUGUUGGCCAAUCGUAUGAUAGCUAAUGGUUAUAAGUACCCCAGUAGGUUUGGACGCUGGUGCCCUGUCAAGUUGCUAGAAGGGGAGGUGAUUCAACCCCAGUACGGAGGGGGUGGUGGUCUGUAUUACCCAUGUCCAGUGGUCUAUCGACAGCAUAUCUAUUUCUGCUGUAAUGAUGAUUCACGUGAUGCUUUCAUUCAACACCCAACUAAAUACCUCAGCCAGCCAUCGCCUAAACCUGUUGUACCCAUUCGUAUUGCUAUUAUUGGACCACCGAAAUCAGGCAAAACAGCACUUGCCAAACGAUUUGCGUCAGAGUUCGGUGUCAUUCGUCUGUCUAUUGGCGAAGCAAUCCGUCGAGUUCUCGACAACCAAAAGCAUACGGAGAUUGCCAGACAAAUCAAUGCCCAUCUGAGAUCUGGAAGUACUGUGCCUGAUGAACUAGCAAUUCAGUCAUUGGAGAUUGCCUUACUUGAUAUGCAAUGUCAAACUAGAGGGUUUAUCCUUGACGGAUAUCCGUUAACUAUCAAACAAGUCCAAUUGAUGACAGAAAGAAAAAUUAUCCCCGUCAAAGUCAUAGAGCUUGAGGUGGACGAUGAAGAGGUKCUUAGACGAGGAAUGGCUGAUCGACAUGAUCCGUCCAGAACGUUGCCAUUGCAUGACAGCCAUCAGAUACUUGCCAUUAGACUAAACUGUUGGCAGCAGGAAGUAGGGGCCGUGAGGGAAUGGUACCGAGAUCAACAUCGUAACUGGGUAUUGUUAAAUGGCCAGCGGUCUAAAUGGUGGGUCUGGAACGAGGCUCUAGAUGAAUCGAGAAAGUCAGUCAAACAAAUACAGAUCUAUCUGGACAGGAUUAGUGCUGGAAAAAGUGCAUCCAUAGCAGACAUGUGUAUAACACAAACUGAGCUCCUAUCUCGUCUUGGUGACUUUGGUCAGUAUUGUCCAGUAAGCCUAGCAGACCGUGGAGAGUUAGUAGACUGUUCUACCAAUCCAUCACUAGAAUUCGCGGCUGAAUUCCGUGCUCGCUACUAUAAAAUGGGAACACGAGCUGAUCUAGAAAAAUUCCUUGCUGAACCAGCGAGAUAUGUACCACCUCUUGCUCCAAGAAAACUCCCUGACCCUGACAUGCUACCUCGUAGACGGACAUCAGUACGAGAAUAUAGUCCCAGGUGACCCGGAGAUGGUUGUUGAAUACCGUCAAAAACUCUACUAUUUUGCGUCAGAAGAAAAACUCGAUAAAUUCAUGCGACUGCCCGAGCUGUACCAUGGACUCACACUCCCUCACAAGCUCCCUCCAGCCAAAGAUCCUUCGCUAUCAGCCAUGUCUCUACCUAUGCUUGGUUUUAUGGAACAGACAGUAUCAACAGCCAUCACUAAAGCAUUGACUGCAGUGGGGUGUUUUAAACCAAAGUAUCCAUUUCUAGACGCCAAGAGAUCGGCGUUGCUCUAUGUAGCUUACUAUCUUAAAGCUUACAACCCAAACAGUACCGACUUUGUAAGGAAGAAGUAUAAACAAAAACUGAUGAAUUUUGAAGAACAAUGCGAGCUGAUUCAAUACCUGGGACAGGAAAUGACGUCACGAUACAGACAACCAGAAGAACGACCAAUAGACUUUGAUCACAAGCUUGACAGCUUCUUGUCGCUCAAAGGGAUGGAAGUGUGACGUCAUUAUUUAAACAUGACGACACAAUGACGUCAAAAUCUAUGUGUAUAUGUGGUGUUAGGCAUAUUUUUAUAAAUAUUUUGUGCGGAUGUACAUAGAUAUCUGUGAAUAAUCAAUAUGGUGUAAAUAAACAACUUUUUUUGCA